AACACUGUGCAGCACUUUUCGCAGACACGUCAUAACCGCUACACAAUUUUUGACAUACCUCGAACCGUUCACAUCGUCUGUGUAAAAAAAAGUGAAAAUACGGAUUAUUUUCACAUAUGUAUUUAUAUUAAUUUAAUCAAAUGUAUGUGCAUUAUUUAGUAUAGAAAAAAUCCGCAAAUAAAGUUAACGUACUACAGAAGCCAUCACAGUUGCCAGCGUAUUGUGUUAAAAAACAAAUACAAAAUGGGUGGUGUUUUUAGUUAUUUUCGUGGUCUGCUCGGCUCACGCGAGAUGCGCAUACUGAUAUUGGGUUUAGAUGGCGCUGGGAAAACGACUAUACUCUAUCGACUGCAAGUCGGUGAGGUGGUCACAACAAUACCGACAAUCGGUUUCAAUGUAGAGCAAGUUACAUAUAAAAAUUUGAAAUUUCAAGUAUGGGAUUUAGGUGGCCAGACGAGUAUAAGACCGUAUUGGCGUUGUUACUAUAGCAACACAGAUGCUAUCAUUUAUGUAGUGGACUCGGCAGAUCGAGAUCGGAUAGGUAUUUCUAAAGAUGAGCUGCUCUACAUGCUGCGGGAGGAGGAACUUGCCGGCGCAAUACUCGUUGUGCUUGCCAACAAACAGGAUAUGGAGGGCUGUAUGACAGUUGCGGAGGUGCAUCAUGCGCUCGGUUUGGAAAAUUUGAAAAAUCGUACUUUCCAAAUAUUUAAAACAUCAGCGACCAAAGGUGAAGGCUUAGAUCAGGCGAUGGAUUGGCUAUCCAAUACGUUGCAAAGUCGUAAAUAGUGCACUAGAAAUUAAAAAGAAUUUCCUCACCCAUACCUAAUAUUCCCAAAAAAAAACAAAGCUCUUUAAAUAUUUUUAUUUGUUCAUAAUUUUAAGUAAUUAUAUGCAUUUUAUAUAUACAUUCAUAUAAAAAUGAUAUGGAUGAAAUCAAGCAAUUUGUUUGUAGACACCGCAAAAGGCAAUUGCAAAUGUACAUUAAUAAGAACAUAUUGAUAACAUAAAACACAUGGCGCUCCCAUGUAAAAGUAAAAAAUUGAUUUUCGAUCAGCAAAAGCUUUUUGUUGCAGAGCAUUUAAGCGUUGCAGAAUAUAGAAAGGCAAAAUUAUCAAGCAUGACAUUGUCAUUGAAGGACAUUGUAUAAAAAAUUUCCUUGGUUGAACCAUUUCAUUUAAUUUAUCCCCCCAUAGAUUGCUAAUAUGUUACACUUUGUAGUUUUGUUCUUAAAAAAAAAA